ACAAUUUCGGUUUAUUUGCUUUGAUCAUCAUCAUCAUCACACUGUCCGUACAAUGCAGAAUCUACUCUCCUUCAAUCGCCACCAUCCGACAACCGUAUCGCCGCCGCGUUACCACCGCCCUGCUUGCACUCACUACACCACUUUUCCCCAGCCGUCAAGGCGGCGUGUUUCGUGUAACGUGCUUUUCAAACCCAAAGUUUCAUCAUGCAACUUACUUGCUCAUCACGCUGUAUUUAGGUCAACUAGAGCUGAAUCAAGUAGACGCAACUUUCUAUUCAAUCAACCAAAUAGUUACCUAAAAACAUGGCAGAUACAUUCUACAGGGAGGCUCACAUCUGUAGAUGGUGUGGUAAAAGGCUUGAUCUUAACAAAUGUGGUUGUGUAUCUGCUCUGGAAAGUUGCUGACAUAAACUUCAUGAUUCAGAACUUCACGAUACAGUGGGACAACAUUAAAGGCGGACGGUAUCAUACCAUGAUCACUUCUGCUUUCAGUCAUAAGAACCUUAAACAUAUCGUCUCAAACAUGAUCACACUCUAUUCCUUCGGCAAGAGUAUUGGUCAACGGGUCGGGCCUGAAUUUCUGCUUGCGUUGUAUCUGGUUGGGGCUUUUGGUGGCUCGGUUUCAUAUCUGGUGCAUAGGGCUUCUCUCGCCACAUCAUCAAGUGACAACCAAUUGUCUGAAUCGGACCGUUCAAAUGCUGCAGCCUUGGGAGCAAGUGGUGCAGUGAAUGCUAUCUUGAUGCUUUAUAUAUUACUCUACCCAAUGAAGACUUUACUUGUCGACUUCAUGAUACCUGUCCCUGCUCUAUUAGCGGGGAUAUAUGUAAUUUUCAAAGAUAUACAGAGAGUAAAGGAAGAUAGUCAAAUUUCGGGAUCUGGUCACUUGGGUGGUGCUGCGGUUGGACUCUUAGCUUGGGCAUGGCUGAGAAAGAGGCGGUUGUAAAUUCUGCUAGUUAGAGUCGCUUUUAUUUGAGAUGAAGUAUAGUUUCGUAUGAUGAUUCUUCGUAAAGGGGCUUCGUUUCUUUUCUAGUUUUUACGCCAUCUACUUUUAUAUCAUUCAACAACAAGUAAAUAGCAAGUGUUUUUGUUUUA